AUGGACGCCGGCUCCGGGGCCACGGCCAUCCGAGUGCCCUACCGCCACCUCCGCGACGCCGAGAUGGAGCUCGUCAGCCUCAACGGCGGCGCUCCCGGAGGGGACGCGGGCCCGACGCCGCCGCCGCACAAGGACGCGGACCCGGACCCGGACCCGUCGGGGCCGCACCAGCCGCGGAGCCGCGGCGCCACCGACAGGACCAAGCUCGUGCUCGCCUGUAUGGUCGCCGCGGGCGUCCAGUUCGGAUGGGCGCUGCAGCUCUCCCUCCUCACGCCAUACAUCCAGACCCUAGGAAUAGACCAUGCCAUGGCAUCAUUUAUUUGGCUCUGUGGGCCUAUAACUGGUUUUGUGGUUCAACCUUGUGUUGGUGUUUGGAGUGAUAAGUGCCGUUCAAAGUAUGGGAGAAGACGACCAUUUAUUUUGGCUGGAUGCAUAAUGAUAUGUGCUGCUGUAACUUUAAUCGGGUUUUCUGCAGACCUCGGUUACAUCUUAGGGGAUACCACCGAGCACUGCAGAACAUAUAAAGGUUCAAGAUUUCGAGCUGCUAUGGUUUUCAUUCUAGGAUUCUGGAUGUUGGACCUGGCAAACAAUACAGUGCAAGGUCCUGCUCGUGCUCUUCUAGCUGAUCUUUCAGGUCCUGAUCAGUGUAGUUCUGCAAAUGCAAUAUUCUGCUCAUGGAUGGCUGUUGGAAAUAUUCUUGGUUUUUCAGCUGGUGCGAGCGGGGAUUGGCACAAGUGGUUUCCUUUUCUAAUGACAAGAGCUUGCUGUGAAGCUUGUGGUAAUUUGAAAGCAGCUUUCUUAGUUGCAGUUGUAUUUCUUUUGUUUUGUAUGUCUGUUACCCUGUACUUCGCUGAAGAGAUCCCACUAGAGCCAAAGGAUGCACAAGGACUAUCAGAUUCUGCCCCUCUACUGAACGGUUCUAGAGAUGAUGCCCAUGCAUCGAAUGAACCAAAUAAUGAAAGAUUUCCUAAUGGCCAUGUUGAUGGAAACAAUGUGUCGGCUAACAACAACACUGAGGAAUUUACAAAUGCGAAUCCCAACACAGACAAUGGAGGAGUCUUCAAUGAUGGACCAGGAGCAGUUUUGGUUAACAUUUUGACCAGCAUGAGGCAUCUACCUCCUGGGAUGCAUUCAGUGCUUGUAGUUAUGGCCCUAACAUGGUUGUCAUGGUUUCCCUUUUUCCUUUUUGACACUGACUGGAUGGGGCGUGAAGUUUACCAUGGGGAUCCAAAUGGAGAUCUGAGUGAGAGGAAAGCUUAUGAAAAUGGUGUCCGAGAAGGUGCAUUUGGUUUGCUAUUGAAUUCAGUUGUCCUUGGCGUUGGUUCCUUCCUUGUUGAUCCACUAUGCCGGAUGAUUGGUGCAAGAUUGGUUUGGGCCAUUAGCAACUUCACAGUGUUUAUUUGCAUGAUGGCUACAACAAUACUAAGUUGGAUCUCUUCUGAUCUGUACUCAAGCAAACUCCAUCACAUCAUUGGGGCAAAUAAAACAGUCAAGACUACAGCAUUGAUUGUUUUCUCUCUUCUCGGAUUGCCACUCUCCAUCACUUAUAGCGUUCCAUUUUCUGUGACUGCUGAGCUGGCUGCCGGUACAGGAGGUGGACAAGGUUUGGCCACAGGAGUCCUAAAUCUCGCUAUUGUAGUUCCGCAGAUAGUGGUCUCACUUGGAGCAGGUCCAUGGGAUGCUCUGUAUGGGGGAGGAAACAUCCCAGCGUUCGCCUUGGCUUCGGUCUUCUCCCUGGCAGCAGGUGUGCUCGCAGUUCUCAAGCUACCAAAGCGGUCGAACUCGUACCAAUCUGCCGGUUUCCAUGGAUUUGGCUGA